GCACAGCUGGCGUCCCCCCCGCCCCAGGCUCACAGCUGGGACCUGGGCCGCGGCCAGGCGGGCGGGCGCAGUCGCUAGCGGGUCUUGGAUUCACCGGCCCUCCGCUCGCUCCUGCGCCCCAGCGCCUCGGCCUCCGUCCGCGCCGAGGGCCAUGGCCGCGCGCCCCGCGGGUCCCGCGCACCGCUGGCUGCGGGCGCUCAUGCUGUGCUGUGCCCUGGGGGUUCUGGGCGCUCUCUCUCAGAAGCCUGGCGCCGGCUGUCCCAGCCGCUGCCUGUGUUUCCGCACCACCGUUCGCUGCAUGCAUCUGCUGCUGGAGGCCGUGCCCGCCGUGGCCCCGCAGACCUCCAUCCUGGAUCUUCGCUUUAACAGAAUCAGAGAGAUCCAGCCUGGAGCAUUCAGGAAGCUGAGAAACUUGAAUACACUGCUUCUCAACAAUAAUCAGAUCAAGAGUAUCCCCAGAGGAGCUUUUGAAGACUUGGAGAAUUUAAAAUAUCUCUAUUUGUACAAGAAUGAGAUCCAGUCAAUUGACAGGCAAGCGUUUAAGGGACUUGCCUCUCUAGAACAACUAUACCUGCACUUUAAUCAGAUAGAAACUUUGGACCCAGAGUCAUUUCAGCACUUACCAAAACUAGAACGACUGUUUUUGCAUAACAACCGAAUUACACAUUUGGUUCCAGGAACAUUUAAUCACUUGGAGUCUAUGAAAAGAUUGAGGCUGGACUCUAAUGCACUUCACUGUGACUGUGAGAUCCUGUGGCUGGCAGAAUUGCUGAAAACCUAUGCCCAAUCAGGGAACGCACAAGCAGCAGCCACCUGUGAAUACCCUAGACGCAUCCAGGGCCGGUCAGUGGCCACCAUCACCCCAGAGGAGCUGAACUGUGAAAGGCCCCGGAUCACGUCUGAACCCCAGGAUGCAGAUGUCACCUCAGGGAAUACUGUGUUCUUCACUUGUAGAGCAGAAGGCAACCCCAAACCUGAGAUCAUCUGGCUCCGAAACAAUAAUGAGCUGAGCAUGAAGGCAGACUCCCGCUUAAACCUGUUGGAUGAUGGCACUCUGAUGAUCCAGAACACGCAGGAGACAGACCAGGGGAUUUACCAGUGCAUGGCAAAAAAUGUGGCUGGAGAGGUGAAAACGCAUGAGGUGACCCUCAGGUACUUCGGGUCCCCAGCACGGCCCGCUUUUGUAAUCCAGCCACAGAACACAGAAGUGCUGGUUGGGGAGAGUGUCACACUAGAGUGCAGUGCCACAGGCCACCCUACGCCACGCAUCACUUGGACAAAGGGUGACCGUACACCUGUGCCUAUUGAUCCACGCAUCAGCAUUACGCCGUCUGGUGGCCUGUACAUACAGAAUGUCGUGCAGGAAGACAGUGGGGAGUACAUAUGCUUUGCAACCAACAGUAUUGAUAGCAUUCAAGCCACAGCCUUUAUCAUUGUCCAAGCUCUUCCCGAGUUCACUGUGACUCCUCAGGACAGAGUUGUUAUCGAGGGUCAGACAGUUGAUUUCCAUUGUGAAGCAAAAGGGUACCCACAGCCAGUCAUUGCCUGGACAAAAGGAGGGAGCCAGCUGUCUGUGGACAGACGCCACCUGGUGUUGUCAUCAGGAACACUCAGGAUCUCAAGUGUCGCCCUCCAUGACCAGGGCCAGUACGAGUGCCAGGCUGUCAACAUCAUCGGCUCACAGAGGGUUGUGGUCCACUUGACGGUGCAGCCCAGAGUCACCCCAGUGUUUGCCAGCAUCCCGACCGACAUGACAGUGGAAGUGGGUACCAACGUGCAGCUCCCAUGCAGCUCACAGGGGGAGCCUGAGCCAGCCAUCACCUGGAACAAGGAUGGGGUUCAGGUGACAGAAAGUGGAAAAUUUCACAUCAGCCAUGAGGGAUUCUUGACUAUCAACGAUGUUGGGCCUGCCGACGCGGGCCGCUAUGAGUGUGUAGCCAGGAACACAAUCGGGCAGGCUUCUGUCAGCAUGGUGCUCAGUGUAAACGUGCCUGAUGUCAGUCGAAAUGGGGAUCCAUUUGUAGCCACAUCAAUUGUUGAAGCAAUUGCUACAGUGGAUAGAGCUAUAAACUCGACCCGGACACAUCUGUUUGACAGCCGUCCCCGCUCUCCAAACGAUUUACUGGCCUUGUUUCGGUACCCAAGGGAUCCUUACACCGUGGAGCAGGCUCGGGCAGGAGAGAUAUUUGAACGAACGUUGCAGCUGAUUCAGGAGCACGUGCAGCAUGGCCUGAUGGUGGACUUGAAUGGGACAAGUUACCACUACAACGACCUUGUGUCCCCUCAGUACCUGAGCCUGAUCGCCAACCUCUCGGGCUGCACAGCCCACCGACGGGUAAACAACUGCUCAGACAUGUGCUUCCAUCAAAAGUACCGGACCCACGAUGGCACCUGCAACAACCUCCAGCACCCAAUGUGGGGAGCCUCUCUGACUGCCUUCGAGCGCCUGCUCAAGUCUGUGUAUGAGAACGGGUUCAACACCCCUCGGGGCAUCAACCCCGGCCGGCUGUACAAUGGCUACGCGCUGCCCAUGCCACGCCUGGUGUCUACCUCGCUCAUUGGCACCGAGGCCAUCACCCCUGACGCGCAGUUCACGCACAUGCUGAUGCAGUGGGGCCAGUUUCUGGACCACGACCUGGACUCCACGGUGGUGGCGCUGAGCCAAGCCCGCUUCUCCGACGGGCAACAUUGCAGCUCCGUGUGCAGCAAUGACCCCCCCUGCUUCUCUGUGGCCAUCCCUCCCAACGACCCUCGCGUCCGGAAUGGGGCACGCUGCAUGUUCUUCGUUCGCUCCAGCCCAGUGUGCGGCAGUGGGAUGACCUCGCUGCUCAUGAACUCUGUGUACCCUCGAGAGCAGAUCAACCAGCUCACCUCCUACAUCGACGCCUCCAAUGUGUACGGGAGCACCGACCAUGAGGCCCGCGCCAUCCGGGACCUGGCCAGCCACCGGGGCCUGCUGCGCCAGGGCAUUGUGCAGCGCUCGGGCAAACCCCUGUUACCCUUUGCCACCGGGCCGCCCACGGAAUGCAUGCGGGACGAGAACGAGAGCCCCAUCCCCUGCUUCCUAGCCGGAGACCACCGUGCCAACGAGCAACUGGGCCUCACCAGCAUGCACACACUGUGGUUCCGGGAGCACAACCGCGUGGCGGCCGAGCUGCUGGCCCUGAAUCCCCACUGGGAUGGGGACACCAUCUACCACGAGGCCAGGAAGAUAGUGGGAGCACAGAUGCAGCACAUCACCUACCAGCACUGGCUCCCCAAGAUCCUGGGAGAGGUGGGGAUGAAGAUGCUAGGAGAGUACCGAGGCUAUGAGCCCAGUGUCAAUGCCGGCAUCUUCAACGCCUUCGCCACGGCCGCCUUCAGGUUUGGACACACGCUCAUCAACCCCGUGCUCUACCGGCUGGACGAGCACUUUGAGCCCAUAGCCCAGGGCCAUGUGCCCCUGCACAAGGCCUUCUUCUCGCCGUUCCGCAUCGUGAACGAGGGCGGCAUCGACCCGCUCCUGCGGGGCCUGUUCGGCGUGGCAGGGAAGAUGCGGGUGCCCACGCAGCUGCUCAACACCGAGCUGACCGAGCGCCUCUUCUCCAUGGCGCACACGGUAGCCCUGGAUCUGGCCGCCAUCAACAUCCAGCGCGGCAGGGACCACGGCAUCCCGCCCUACCAUGACUACCGCGUCUACUGCAACCUGUCCUCCGCCCACACGUUCGAUGACCUGAAAAACGAGAUCAAGAACCCCGAGAUUCGGGAUAAACUGAGGCGGUUAUAUGGCUCCCCACUGAACAUUGACUUGUUCCCUGCCCUCAUGGUAGAAGACCUGGUUCCUGGCAGCCGUCUGGGACCCACUUUAAUGUGCCUGCUGAGCACACAGUUCAAACGUUUACGAGAUGGAGACAGGUUGUGGUAUGAAAACCCGGGGGUGUUCUCCCCCGCCCAGUUAACACAGAUCAAGCAGACGUCCCUGGCCAGGAUCCUCUGUGACAACUCAGACAACAUCACACGUGUGCAGAGGGACGUGUUCCGAGUGGCAGAGUUCCCACAUGGAUACAGCAGCUGUGAUGAGAUCCCCAGGGUAGACCUGAGGGUGUGGCAGGACUGCUGUGAAGACUGUAGGACGAGGGGCCAGUUCAAUGCAUUUUCCUACCAUUUCCGAGGCAAGCGGUCCCUUGAAUUCAGCUACCAGGAGGAAGAGCCCAUCAAGGAAACAGAGUCAGAGCAGAUGAUGAGUACAACUGCACGCGGAGUGGUGAAACACAGUAAACGCCCCAGCAAUGCUACAUCCACUUCCUGUGAGCACUCAAAUGUGCCAGAGGCAAAUGACUUCAAGGAAUUUACUCUGAAAGUACAGGAGAUCAUUACAGGCCUCAGGAAACAGAUAAAGAAUCUUGAAUCACGUCUCAGCACCUCCGAGUGCACUGAUUCAGAAGGCAAGACAUAUGCCAACAGGGACAAGUGGAAGAAGGAUGCGUGCACUGCUUGUGAAUGCCACAAUGGACACAUCACCUGCUUUGUGGAAGCCUGCCAGCCAGCUAACUGCCUGACACCAGUAAAGACGGAGGGAGUGUGUUGUCCAGCCUGUCUAAAGUCCAGUCCGGAAAAUAAGCCAUAGGCUUUUCAUUGUUCCUCGGAGCAUCUCACGUCAUCUCAGAUCAGAUGGCUGGUACAGGGAGCUGCAAUGGAAGAACCACCAUGACCUGGAUAUUGCACACUACAGAGCCAGAGCUGUUUCAGAACAUAGCACAGGAGCCUUAGGAAGGAUUCACAGAGAGACCCCAGAGCACAUGCACAGGCAGGAUGCAGACAUGGGUCCUGACUUCAUGUUCAAUUCUCAGGUUUUAUUUAACUUUUCUAAUGAACAAUUGGUGCUACCAUUAAAUUGCACAGUCAAAUCAUUUAGGCUUCUAAAUUGAUUUCACCCACUGUCAUCAUUUCUUCUCAACUAGAAGUUCUGCUCAGUUCUGAUAACAGGUGUUUCGAAGCAUGUCAACACAAGGUAGGGCAGACGUUUGCCAGAGCCACCAGCAGGACCCACGCUACAGUUAAAAAGAAGUCAUUAUUUGGGCAGAGGAAUGACAUCUCUUAACUAGUGUUUGGGAUGACACUGCUUCAACAGGAAGCACAGGCUCCCUUCACCACAAUGUAACCUAUGACAACGCUCCCCUCUGGUUCUCUGCCCCAUCUCAGUCUGUGUACACUCCCUGCAGCUUCCUCUCAGCUCUUUGCCCCACAUGAUGGCAAGAUUACUAAGUCACAUUUAGAAAUAGGAUUGUUUUCAUGUGUAAGUUGCAUCCUUAUUGCCAAGUUGGGAAUCAAAUGUGAAAGUCCUUCAUUUCCUGCUGGAUGACACCUACUGAACCACCACCUGUAUUGCCCAAAUAGUCCCCAGCCAACACUCUACUCAUGUUCCUAAGGCACUGUUUUAGUCUGGAGAGCAUGGGAAAAAUCACAAUACUCCAGUUUCUUCUUUCCACAGGAAGGAUGCUAGCAUUGGGAACUUUCUAUUCAGGUUGUGUGAGUGCUUUAAAGAACAAACAUUAAUAAUCCCUUUACCUCAUUUGUAUUUUUAAUGCAUGAUGUUUAAUGAAAUUUUGCCCUGCAUUUAGAUGUUAGAUAUGGCAGAAAAAAAAUAUGUACUAUGCAAAAGUUCCUGUUAAAUUCAGUGAAAAGCAACUAUCAUACCUCAUGAUCUCUCUUUUUUAAUUGAACAGAAAUCUCCUGUUUUGCCUUAAAGAAAAAAUUAUUUAGUUCUUACAAAAGCAGUACCCUGAAUGUACAAGUUGAGUCCUACGUAUACUUCCUUGAGUGUCCACUGCAUGUCAACCAUCACAGGGUACCUUGGACAUGUAGGACUCUCCCUGCUCCCACUAAGGUCCAUCUAGGUGAAGGGAGGCCCAGGGGAAUAUGGGUAGUUUCAAUCCAAGGUGGAGAUGUCCAGGACUAGUGACUUCAUGUUGAGUCCAUAACUGGGGGAUGAGAGGAGGCUAAUCUCCAGGCAAAAUGGCAGGAAAUGGGCAGUUUGAAAGCCUGCUAUUAGUUCAGUGAGAGCUUUCUGGAGCAAGAAGAUUCCAGUGCUUCAUAAACCAAAUGGCCACCUCUGUCAGAUGGAGGUAACAGCCCAGCUGUGAGGAUCUUUGCAGUAGACUCCAAACACCACCAUCUUGAUUCUAAACAAUAAAUAGAAGCUGUUUUUUUUGUGUGUGUGGAAUAGUGGGGCUUCUUUUGAAUACCACACCAAGUCAAAUUUAAUUAGAUCUUGAAAUGAAUUUCUAUAAACUAGGAAAUGGAAUAUUUGGGGGGAGACAAAGCUGGGUAACUCUUGGGUCAACUUUUUCAUUCAUAUAGACAGGGGGAAAGAUAUCAUAGCACCAGAACUUCGCUUGGGUGUCAUGGCAGACCAUGUGAUGUCAGGACUAGAACCUGGGCUGCAAGCAUGACAAUGCACAUGCCUUACCUGGUGAGCUCUCUCUUAACCGCUAAAAUGAAAAAUUUUUGUCCACAAGUUCCGUAGCUAUACAAGUUGCUCAGGUAUGCAAAGAAAACAAACCCCACAUUCCAUAAGGGCCUGGGUAUCUCUCCUAGGUUCUUGGGGGUUGGCAUGUGGUCUCCUUGCAGAUCAAACCAGCAUGUGAGGUUAAACUGUGGUUUGGCUAAGUGUAAAAGGGGCUCUUCUCUAGGCCGAAGAUUUACAGUAAAAGUCCCUCAUUCCUGUUGAAAUGUUUGCAGAUUCACCAUGCUAUCAAAACAGUGGGCAGCUUCCUCUCAGCCACUGUAAGGUGAUUGCUGUAAUACGAAGCAAGUGUAUAUAUUUAUUUACUUUUCUAACUGUUGCCACCAACAAGUGCCUUUUUUAUGUUUAUUGUAAUCAAUACAUUACCAAAGAAGUGUUUGCACUAUCUAAUGAUGCCUUUCAGCUCAAAUAAAUGGGCCACGUUUUCCAAUGAACAAA